AUGUCGCAAACCACCCCCGAGUCCGAAAGCAAAAGCCUGUCAAGGGACGCGUCUCUUGACAAGGUCAAGCACGAUGGGGUCGCAAAGCACAUCGAGCAGUCUGACGGUGCUCAAGCUCCCAAUUUCGACGAUUCAAUUGAAGAUACGGAGCCCUCGAGGGCCGUCUGGCUCAUCACUUUCACCGUCGCAAUGGGCGGGUUUCUGUUCGGUUACGACACGGGUGUGAUUUCGGCCGUUCUUGUCAGCCUGAAGUCGGAUCUCGGACACGAACUCUCGUCUUCGGAGCAGGAACUCGUAACCUCAAUCACCUCUGGCGGCGCUCUCAUUGGAGCUUUGAUCGCGGGUUUGCCUGCCGACAGGUAUGGACGAAAGCUGGGCAUCUACAUCGGCUGCGUUCUCUUCUUGGUCGGCACUAUCAUCCAAGCGGCAGCCUUUUCAGUGGCCCAGAUGACGGUUGGACGAUUUGUUGUCGGUUUGGGAGUCGGUUCCGCUGCCAUGAUCAUCCCUCUUUAUAUCGGCGAGCUGGCCCCUGCCAGACACCGCGGCCGCAUGAUCGCCUUCGACAACAUGAGUGUGACUCUUGGUCAGCUCAUUUCAUACGCUCUUGGAGCCGGAUUCACCGAAGUUCCGCACGGAUGGCGCUACAUGGUUGCCGUCGGCGGGCUACCACCCAUUGCCCUCGGUCUUCUCCUUCCUAUGUGCCCCGAGUCGCCCCGACAGCUUAUCUCACACGGCAAGAUCGAAGAGGCUACCCGUGUCAUCAGACGCGUAUAUCCGCAUGCCUCCGAGGAGCAGGUACAGGCAAAGAUGGGACACAUGACAUUUGCUGUGGAAGUUGAAGCUCAGGCUACUUCCACCUCUCUGUGGCAUCGCUUCAAGGAGCUGCAUGUUGUUCCCUCCAACUUCCGUGCUUUGGUCUGUGCCUGCGCGAUCAUGGCCAUUUCACAAUUGGGUGGUUUCAACACUUUGAUGUACUACAGCGGUGUUCUUUUCGGACUUGUAGGCUUUGAUAAGCCUGUGGCUGUCUCCAUUGUUGUUGGCGCGACUAACUUCGUCUUUUCUCUCGUCAACUUGUUUGUUAUCGACAGAAUCGGCAGACGCCGUAUUCUGCUCUUCACAGUCUUGGGAAUGUCUAUCAGCAUGGCAGUCGCCGCCGUUGCAUUCCAUUGGAUUCCUGUCUCGCCAGACUUGAAGCUUCAAGCCACCUCCGUAAACUGGGCCGGUAUCCUAGUCCUUGUCACAAUCAUCUUCUACGUCGCCUGCUUUGCCGGUGGAGUUGCUACCAUCGCGUGGGUUGGCACUGAGUUGCUUCCCCUCGAGGUUCGCGCUCUCGGUACAAUGAUGAACACAGUCACCUGCUGGGGCUGCAAUAUCAUUAUUGCGUCGACCUUCCUGUCCAUGAUGAAGGGAAUGACCCCAAGUGGUGCUUUUGGUUUCUACGCAGGUAUCUGCUUCUUCGGGUGGCUCUUCGUCAUCUUCUGUUAUCCUGAAGCGAACGGUCUGCCUUUGGAGGAGGUUCGCCAAAUCUUUUCCACCGGUUUUGGUGUCAAGAAGGCAAAUGAGCUGCAGAGGCUUCGCAAGAUGACAGGCGGAUCUGCGUAA